AUGAGUGCCGAAAAGGCAGGGCAGGAGGAGCCGCUUUCACCUCGAGCGAUUGCAAAGGCUUCGCUGAUUGAAGAGAUAUUGAAUGAAGAUGAUUUAUACAAAGUCCUGGGCGCCUCUAGAAAUGCAUCUCCGGCCGAAAUCCGAAGAUGCUAUCUCGAACGCGGCAAGAUCUGUCAUCCAGAUAAAAUCCCUUUUCACCCUGAUUCCACCAGCGCCUUCCAACGCCUCGGCUUCGCCUUCGACGUUCUAAAAUCCCCUUCCUCCCGUCGCACCUACGACCGCGCCUCACGCGAUCCAAUCCUCGCUUCCAAAUUCACAACCUCCAACCCCACCGCCCCUUUCCUCGACGGCGAAAUCUCCUUCCGUAGCGCCGUAGAAUCCAUCUUCACCGAAUUCCUCGACGGAGACUUCACCCACGUCCGACAGCUCCUCGAAACCCUAAACCGUAGUUAUCCAAACCUAGUCAGCAACGAAGUCAUCGACGGCAUCGAAUCCGCUUUCUUCAAAAUAAGACAGUUGGUCAUCACCACCAGAGUUUAUGCGUUUUUGAUAUCUAUCGAAUUGGGCAGGAUACAUAGGGUUCAGAAACGGUUGAUGGCUUUGGGGUAUUUGGAUGUUAGAGGGAGGGUUAGGGUUACCAUGCAACUCGUUAGGACGACGUUAGCGAUCCCGGUUAGGAUCGAAUUGGCUUUGAGGAGGAGGAAGGAAAGGGAGUGGAGGGCUAAAACUGCUGGGUGGAAUGCUAUCGGUAGACCGCCUGAAGAAGAAGGCGGGAACAAUGUUGGUGGGAUAUUGAACGAUAGAGUGUUCAAGGUUUUGGAAUUGUUGGUGGGGAGUAGCGCGGAGGAUGAAGCGGAGGAUAUUGAAUAUAAGAAGAAGAGUGAUCCCAGGAAUGGAUUGAAUGAUCACGAUAUGGGUAUGGGACCUGGGGGUAGUAGUCAUGCUAGAUCUAGGAGUGCUGGGGCAUCGACUAAUGGGAGGAGAAGGCAUUGGCAGUGA